AUGUCGGACGCUUCAGAGAGGUCGCCGUUGCUUUCUAAUCACAGAGCUGAGAGAGAUGAGACACAGCAAGUCAUCGAGUCGACUCCUCUACUGUCAACAGCCGCGACAACGCUGCGUUACGAUGGCCAGACCGAUGGUGACGCCAGCCACGAUGCGGAUCCUACCUCUAUGACCGGUCGGUCGUCAGGCCCGGUCUCCUCCAAAGCGUCCAAGUCAAAGAGGAUACGAUGGCCGUCCGUUAUUGCGGUGAUAGUCCUGUCUUUAUUCGCAGUGGCGGUUGUGGUCCUUGGGUUUGUUGUUCCUUCUGCAGUUGAGGAGUAUGCCAAGCAAGCAGCGGUACUGGAGCCGACCGACCUUUCUCUUGUCUCCAUUACUGCUGAGGGCGUCCGGGUACGAAUCCAAGCAAACUUUCGGCUCGAUGCACAGCGUGUACCAGAUGGGAGAGUCCGGAGCAUCGGCAAGACAGUCGGCUGGCUGAUCGGAGAGAUCAAGACCGGCCCAACGAGGAUCAACGUCUAUCUGCCCCAGAAAAAUGAUAUGCUUCUCGGCACGGCUGCUGUACCCCCAUUGAGCGUCAGCAUUACUGCUGGCCAGAAUAAUGCCAUCGACAUUGUAGCCGACUUGAUUCCCGGCGAGGCUGAGAGCAUCCGAACGAUUGCAAAUGAGUGGCUGCAAGGAAGACUGAAGACCGUGCAGCUUCGUGGGCAAGCAGAUGUCCAGCUGACUGCGGGCAGCAAGUUGCCUCACAUGCCCAAAUACAACAUUACGUCGCUGAACGUUCGAGAUGAUCCCCUGCCAGGACAUGAAGGAAAGACGAUAGCCGUUGAGGUGUCGAUACUCACAUUCAAUGAGUACCCGAUAUCUCUCGAUGUGCCCGAGCUAGCAUUCGAAGUUCUUGUUCCUGGAUGCACCGCUGCCGCGCCAUCAAUUCUCGUCGCUGCUGCUACUACAAACGCAAUCGCUGUGCGGGCCCAUUCUGAUGUGAUUGUGGAUGUACGCGGUUCGCUGGUUCAACUUCCUGAUUCCCUGACUCGGCCAUGCCCAGACUCAGACUCAUCACCGCUUGACAUGCUUUUCGAAAAGUACCUCGGUGGGAAGCCAGCAACCGUGUUCGUUCGAGGCCAGAAGCAACCUGUUGCUGAAGUCCCCGGUUGGAUCAUUGAACUUCUCUCAAGCAUCACUGUGCCUGUUGCCUUGCCCGGGCGCCCUCUUGACAACCUGCUCCGCGAGUUCAGCUUGAGCGAUGUCUCUUUUGACAUGCCCGACCCGGCAGCAGAUCCUGAGGAUCCAAGAUCUAAGCCUCGGGUGUCUGGCACCAUCGUUGCUACGGCGGAGCUUCCUGCUGAGCUCGACUUGACUCUUAAUGUGACUGGCGUUCGCGCUAAUUCCGAUGUCUUUUACCGGGGAAGGAAACUCGGUGAACUCAAGUUGAAGAAAUGGCAAAAGGCAACAUCAACUCAGCUUCCAAAGAAAACUGGCCAACAUGCUGCGCUUCUCAAAAUUCAAGCCCGCAUUAACAAUGCACCGGUCGAUGUGACAAACCCUAAUGUUUUGACCGACAUCAUCCAAUCCAUCUUAUUCGGCAAAGAUGUCAUAUUAGGGAUCAAGGCCUUAGUAGACGCCAAAGUCCAAACUGUCCUUGGCGAUCUCAUGAUAAAGGCCAUCCCAGCAGAGGGCAAAUUCCCAAUCAAACCUCCCGAAGGCGGCUUUCUGCAUUCUGCCGUACCAGAGGUCAGCAUCAUGAAGGUUACCAAUACAACCUCGACUACUUUGUCUUUCGAUGCGUUAGUAAACGUCACAAAUCCCACGUUGUACUCGGCACAUAUUCCAUUUAUCAGCGUACAUAUCGAAAGCAAUGGAACAACCAUUGGAGAAGUGCAUGCGAAAAAGUUAAACAUACGUCAAGGACGCAACACAAAUUUGGUCGUCUCGGCUACAUGGAACCCGGAGAUGGGCGGGAAAGAAGGUCUUCAACGCGGUCGUGAUGUCAUCUCCCAGUAUCUCUCUGGGUUCAACACGAGCUUCAUUGUGCGAACCCAUAGAGGGACUAUUCCUACUCUUCCUCUCCUUGGAGAGGCCCUCGCUCAAUUGAAUAUCACGCUUCCAGCCCCGAGGUUCGCAUGCAGUGAUGGUGCUGGCAGCGACAAGAACAACCCCGAAGGGCCUUGCUUCAUCCGCGAUGCGACCUUCCAUCUCCUCUCAUCCACGGCAACGUUCACCCUCGUCUCGCCUCUUCGUGAUACUACUAUAUUUAUUGACAACGUUGAUGCGACUGCGUUGUAUAACCAUUCAGAGCCCCUCGGCCGCAUCCGUUACUACCUCCCGUUUGCUGCCCCACCCGGAGCGUCGACCACACCUAAGCUGCCAGUUGAGUGGUCAUUCGAUUCGAUCGGGUAUGGAAAGCUAAGGGAUGCGCUGGGUGGACGGAUGAAGGUUGAUGCGAAGGCUGAUGUUGGAGUGAGGAUUGGCCAGUGGACGGAACGGGUUUGGUACAUUGGCAAGGGAAUUGGAGCUAGUGUUAGGCUGUAG